UAAAAGCAUAUAUAUGAAACAAUGUCUCAUGAUUAUCUAACUCAACCUUUUUUCUUGUUGUCGUCUUUCUUUGUACUCCUCCUUAGCAUUAAACUGGUACUCUUCUCAAAUACAAAAUCAGUCAAGCUGCCACCUUCUCCAUGGAAGCUACCUUUCAUUGGAAACCUCCAUCAAAUUGGCUUGCUACCCCACCAAUCCCUUCACAAGCUCUCAAAGAAGUAUGGUCCUCUCAUGCUUCUAAAACUUGGUCAAGUUCCCACUCUUGUGGUUUCAUCUUCUCAAAUGGCUAAAGAGAUCUUGAAGACUCGUGAUCUCAAUUUUGCAAACAGACCAACUCUUAGAGCUGCUGAAAUUUUGCUUUAUGGAAGCUUGGACAUAGGUUUCUCACCUUAUGGUGAGCACUGGAGGCAGAUGAGAAAGGUAUGUAUGAUCAAUUUCUUCAGCAUGAAAAAGGUGCAAUCUUUUCAUGCUACAAGAGAGGAGGAGGUAGCUCACUUGAUGGAUAAGAUUGCUUCUCAGACCUUUUCUAAUCCAUCAGAACCAUUGAACAUGAGCCAAGUGUUGUACUUCUUUAGUAAUGACAUGCUUUGCAAAGCCAUGCUGGGUAAGAUCUCCAAGAAAGUAGAUAGGAACAAGAUAUUUCAUGAAAUGAUAGAGGAGAACAUUCUUUUGCUAAGUGGCUUUAAUUUGGUGGAUUAUUUCCCUUCACUUGGAUGGUUAAACUCACUACUAGGUUUGGAUAAGAGGGCUAAAAGGAAUUUUAGUAAAUGGGAUGUUGUUCUUAAUCAGAUCAUUCGGGAACACGCUAUCAUUGAUGAAAAAGUAAAAAAUGAUGGUUUUGUGGACAUUUUGCUAUCACUUCAGAAGAAUCCUCCCACGGAUUUCUCAUUCAGUGAUGAUCAUAUCAAAGCUCUAUUACUGGAUAUGUUUGCAGCUGGAACAGAGACAACAUAUAUAGUCCUAGAAUGGAGUUUUGCAGAACUUAUUAAGAAUCCAGAAAUUAUGAACAAGCUACAAAAUGAGAUAAGAAAUUUUACACAUGGCAAAUCAAUGGUUCAAAAGGAGGACAUUUGUGAGAUGAAAUACCUCAAAGCUGUUAUCAAAGAAAUAUUAAGGCUUCAUCCUCCGGUACCGUUGCUUCUUCCUAGAGAAUCUAUAGAAGCUUGCCAAAUUGAAGGCUAUGAAGUACAGAGAAAAACAAGAGUUAUCAUUAAUUAUUGGGCCAUAGCUAGAGACCCUAAAGUUUGGGAUAGUCCAGAGGAAUUCAAACCAGAGAGAUUCAUCUCUAAUGAUAUAGAUUUCAAAGGGCAAAACUAUGAAUUCAUUCCUUUUGGGGCAGGUCGAAGAAUAUGUCCAGGAAUGCAUUUUGCAGUUUCAACAGUGGAACUUGCAUUAGCAAAUCUUAUAUAUAGGUUUGAUUGGAAAUUUCCUCGAAGUGUGGAUGGUGAAGAAAUCGAUAUGACUGAAACCCCUGGAUUAACAACGAGAAUGAAACAAAAUCUCUAUCUGAUUCCAAACUCUUGGAUGUAAUGAAACUAAAUUAAUGUGUUUGAUUUUAAAUAAUAUAUUGUGUCGUACUAGAUGUAAGGUGGUGCUUUUUAUGUAUACAUGGUUAUAAUCUAAAUGUUUUUUUUGGG